AAACACGAGUCCACCCCUCGGCCGGCGGGCCUGACAGUGAUCCGUCCGCAACACGUGUGAAGGUGCGGCACAAAAACACACGUGGGAAAGGUUAUUUUCGGUGCUGCCGGGGGGAAAUAAUAGGAGGAGCCAAGCUCUGAUACCGUACCCUCCAAACAGUUUUUCCCCUCCGGGUGCUUCAAAAGUUGGAGAUGGACAGCGGUCCUCUGCGGGUUUCCACGGUCCCGACAUCCCCGUACCCCGACCAGAGACCGGGCGCCGACGGCCUGAGGAGAAAAGUGCAUAUCUUCCGGACUCGGAGGAACUAUCUGCACAACUUCAUCCAGAGUAUCUUCUCCUCCAUCGACCUCCGGGACCGCCAGGGUUCCACGGUGGUGGUGGGCGGGGAUGGACGCCACUUCAGCCAGGCGGCCAUCCAGGUCGUCGUGCAGAUGGCCGCCGCCAACGGGGUGGGCCGUCUCAUCGUGGGACACAACGGGUUGAUGUCCCCCGCCGCCGGCUCCUGCGUGAUCAGGAAAUCCAAAGCUAUGGGUGGCAUCCUCCUCAGCGCCGCUCGUCGCCCCGCAGGGCCGGAUGGAGACUUCAGCAUCAAGUUCAACUCUGCAAACGGAGGACCGGCCAGUGAAGCUGUCACCGGCAAGAUCUACCAGGUCAGCAGAACCCUUGAAGAGUUUGCCAUCUGCUCAGGACUCCGGGUGGAUCUAACCACUCUGGGCAAACAGACCUUCGACUUGGAGAACAAGUUCAAACCUUUCACAGUGGAAAUCGUGGACUCUAUUGAGUCAUACGCAAACCUGAUGAGGAACAUCUUUGACUUUGCCGCCCUGAAGGUGCUUUUGUCAGGCGAAAACCACAUCAAGAUAAAACUGGAUGCCAUGCAUGGAGUGGUGGGUCCUUAUGUGAAGAGGAUACUGUGCGAGGAGCUGGGCUGUCCCGCCAAUUCUGCCAUCAACUGCGUCCCCACGGAGGACUUUGGGGCUCGGCGCCACAACCCUGACCUGGUCUACGUCGCGGAUCUGGUGGACGGCGUGAGGGACGGGGAGUACGACUUUGCAGCAGCUUUUGAUGGAGACGGGGAUCGGAACCUGAUCCUGGGGAGGCACGGCCUCUUUGUCACCCCGUCCGACUCUCUGGCCGUCAUUGCUGACAACAUCUUCUGCAUCCCCUACUUUCAGCACGGCGGGGUUAGGGGUUUCGCCCGCAGCAUGCCCACAAGUGCGGCCUUAGACAGAGUAGCCAAGGCAUCAAAAAUAGAACUGUACGAAACUCCCCCCGGGUGGAAGUUCUUUGGAAGCCUCAUGGAUGCGGGCCGGCUCUCUCUGUGCGGAGAUGAAAGCUUUGGAACAAGUGCGGACCAUGUUCGUGAGAAGGAUGGACUUUGGACCGCGCUCGCUUGGCUGUCCAUCCUGGCUACCAGAAGGCAAAGCCUGGAGGAUGUCCUUAGAGACCACUGGUUCAAAUAUGGGAGAAACUACUUCACCAGAUAUGACUACGAGAACGUGGACGUAGAAACGGCCUGUGAAAUGAUGGAGGACCUGGAGCUCCUGAUUGCAGACAAGUCCUUUGUGAAGCAAAGAUUUGCAGUGGAAGAUAAAAUUUACCAUGUGGAAAAAGCCGACAAUUUUGAAUACACCGACCCUGUCGACAGCAUUAUCACCCGGAGUCAGGGUCUGCGGAUAAUCUUCUCUGACGGUUCCCGGAUCAUCUACAGACUCAGCGGCACGUGCAGCGACGGGGCCACCGUUCACGUCCAUCUUGACAGCUACGAGAAAGACGACAUUUUUCAAGAUGCGCAGGUGGCGUUGGCGCCGUUGGCAACAAUCGCAGUCAAGAUGUCCCAGCUCCAUCGCCGGACCGGCCGAAACGGUCCAUCCGUCAUCACAUGACUCCGCCCGUCACUUACGCCGCAAGAUUGCGAAACUUUGCUCGAUAUAGACUUCCUUUUCUUUUCUGGAGGCAAGCGUGGCGCCCCUGCUUUUCGCCCCGCCGCAGUCCGUCAAGUCGUCAUUUGCAUUCUGUUUUCGUCACGUGAUCAUCCAUUAGAGCUUUAUUCCGGGGGAAAUUAAAAAGGCAUCCGCCAGUGACGAAAAAAUGGAGCGGAAUUAGUGGGCGCUGGAGGAUAAAAAAAAAAAAAAGCCAGCUUGAUGGUGCGCAUAAAAACACUUUAUUAGGGGAAGGAUUGCAAACAAUUACACAUUUGAAUAUUUGCACACAACAAUAACCCGCUUUUACAAACCCCGUUUCCAUUUGAGUUGGGAAAUGGUGUUAGAUGUAAAUAUAAACAGAAUACAAUGAUUUGCAAAUAAUUUUCAACCCAUAUUCAGUUGAAUAUGCUACAAAGACAACAUAUUUGAUGUUCAAACUCAUAAACUUUAACUUUGAAUUAACUUAGAAUUCCAUGGCUGCAACACGUGCCAAAGUAGUUGGGAAAGGGCAUGUUCACCACUGUGUUACAUCACCUUUUCUUUUAACAACACUCAAACGUUUGGGAACUGAGGAAACUAAUUGUUGAAGCUUUGAAAGUGGAAUUCUUUCCCAUUCUUGUUUUAUGUAGAGCAUGGGUGUCAAACUCUGGCCCGCGGGCCAAAUCUGGCCCGCCGUGUAAUCUAAUUUGGUCCUUGAGGUAAUAUAAAUUAGCAUUAGAGUGUUAUACAGCGUCGGUGCCGCAGUAAUACCGCAUACUUGCCAACCCUCCUAAUUUUCCCGGUAGACUCCCCAAGUUCAGCGCCCCUCCCGAAAAUCUCCCGGAGCAACCAUUCUCCCCGAAUUUCUACCGAUUUCUAUAACUAUAUUGGGGGCACUGCCUUUAGCGUUCUCUACAACCUGUCGUCACGUCCGCUUUUCCUCCGUACUAACAGCGUGUCACAUAAUAUUUGUGGCUUUUACACAUACACACACACAAGUGAAUGCAAGGCAUACUUGAGCCAUACAGGUCACACUGAGGGUGGCCGUAUAAACAACUUUAGCACUGUUAAAAAAUAUGCGCCACACUGUGAACCCACACCAAACAAGAAUGACAAAACACAUUGCGGGUGAACAUCCGCACCGUAACACAACAGAACAAAUACCCAGAACCCCUUGCAGCACUAACUCUUCCGGGAAACUUCCAGCAAACUGAGCAAUAAUUAACGUUUUAUUCAUGCAUUUUCCUCUUGCUACUUCAAGGCUUGAAUGUUUGGUUCGUUCAUUAUUGUUAUUUUAUUUUCAAAUGUAUUAUUAGCUUGUGGAAAAAAAAUGAUAUUUACCUCAGAAGAUUGCAAAAAGAAAAAAAGGCAAUGCAUUUUUAUUUAAAUGUUAUUUGAUAUGCCAUUGAUAUUUUUUUAAUUAUUACUAUUAUUAUUUGGAACUGCAUGUCACUAAAGUUAUAUAAGCCUUGCUUGUUCAAUAUUUAAUGCAAAACUUGUUUGGGUCCCUAUUAAAAGGUUCAUUUGUUCCACCUCGGCCCACGGCUUUGUUCCGUUAAAAAUUUUGGCCCACUCUGUAUUUGAGUUUGACACCCCCAGUCUACUGUAAAGCAAUUUGUCUGCCUCAAACAGCAAUGUUGUGACACUCUUAUACAGGACAAUACUGCCAUCUACUCAACAUGCAUAUGAUUAGAAAAACAAGGAUGGACAAGUCAACCCUUAACUCAACAAUGAGUAGAUGAGUGUUAUGUGUGUGUAAAUGUGUAAAUAAAUGAACAAUGAAAUUCAA